AUGGCAGAUAAUUCGAAAUGUCGUUCAAAAACGAAGAAUGAUGAUAAAACGUCCACUGCAAAGAAAUUUGUGUUCAAGAAAGUAGAAAAACCUCAAUUUAAUGCCGGCAAAUCUCAGACCAUUUCACAUUUCUUUAAGAAAAAAGACACUACUGUAGAAGAAAAAUUAGAAGCCCUUUUUAGUGAUGAUACUGUGAUACACGAACCAGUGAAAAAGAAGGAAGUUAACAAAAAAUCUAAUUCGUCUCCGUUUCUUAGUAGUCAAAGAUUAAUUUUGUCAAAACGUAGUUCCGAUGAAUUCGAAAACGAGCAGCCAACACAAAAAGCAUCUCAGUUAGCAAUAAAAGUUAAUAAAUCCGUUUCACCAGAGAAGCCUCGACUGAAAAAUGUUCUCUCGAAAUCACCAAAUAGGACGAAUACAACGCAAAAAACUUCAGAACAAUCUUCAUCAAAAUUCAAAUUCAGAAAAUACUCCGGUCCUUCAGUCGCUUUGGCGUUUGAAGCCCUUAUUGGAGAAAAAAUUAAUCCCAGCAUAAAUGAGCCCAGAGCAAAUGAUGAAACUCAAUUAGAUUCUAAAUUAAGUGAUAGCCGAAAUAACCUCAAAAAUAAUAUUAAUCCGAAUGAAUCCGAUAAAGUGUUUAGCAAGCUAGCCAAUAUUACUCAACUAAAUGAAUCUGAUACUACUAUAAGAGCACAAAAGACAUCCAACUUUACAAAACCUACAACAUCCGAUUCUACUAAUACAAGUAGCCCCUGCUUGCUGUCUUUUAAACCAUGCAAUAAUAGAGACACCACAAGUCGAAAAAGUGUCGUUUCAGUUAGUUCCACGGAAAAUUCCCCCAUCAUUCAAGAUAAAACCACCAACAAACUACUCGAUGAUAGUGUAGAUUGCGUUAGCCAAAGCCUAGAAGCAACCGAAGCUGAUUAUAUGGACGAUGAAACGUUUGAAAGAGUUUUUGGAGCCCAAAGCGAACCUAAAGCUGCUUCGAACGCGGACCUCAUCGACUCGGGCGAUACAAAUUGGAGCGAAAAAGUAGCCGGACACAGCAAAGCAACACCGACGAAAUUGAAUGCAACUGCGGAAGAUUUUUUAGAAGAAAUAUCGGGAGUCGAUUGGGACGAAGAGAUUUUCGAAAACGACGAAACGUACGUACCCAACGUCAGUUUCAAAGACCGCGUCGAUCACACCGAUGAAUUUAAAACAGAUUACCACUUCUCUUCGACCAUGGAAGAGGUUCUGCACCAAACCUUCGGGUUACAGUCGUUUCGACCGCAACAACGAGAAAUCAUCAAUGCAACGCUGAACAAUCACGAUUGCUUCGUACUAAUGCCCACCGGUGGCGGAAAGAGUCUGUGUUAUCAGUUACCGGCUGUUCUGAGCGAAGGUGUUUCCAUAAUUAUAUCCCCCCUCAGGGCGUUGAUCGGAGAUCAAGUCGAUAAAAUGAACGAACUGGACAUUGCCGCCGCGCAUUUGUGCCAAGACGUGGGACAAGACGAAACUGCCAUCAUCAUGAAUAAAUUGCAUUGCAGGGAACCCUUGAUUAAACUUCUUUACUUGACACCGGAAAAGAUCAUGGCUUCGAGGACGGUAUCCGAUGUACUGAAAUACCUUUAUCAAAGAGGGAAAUUGGCUAGGUUCGUCAUAGACGAGGCGCAUUGUCUGUCUCAAUGGGGCCACGACUUUCGACCUGAUUACAAGCAAUUGACGUUUCUUAAAAGCGAAUUUAAAAACGUACCGAUAAUGUGCCUUACUGCCACUGCGACUAAAGAGGUGGAAAAUGAUGUUAUAUCGAUUUUAAAACUCAAAAAUGUCAAACGAUUUAUAAUGAGUUUCAACAGGCCGAAUAUUAAGUACCAAGUAAGGCCGAAGAAAGGGAAAUUAGCGCUCGAAGAGAUCAUUGGCUUAAUUAAAAAUAAGUUUAUCAAAAAAUCGGGUAUUAUUUAUUGCUUGGCGAGAAAUGAUUGCGAAUCGAUAGCGGAUGCUUUAAAUGCAGCUGGGAUUCCGAGUAGGCCCUAUCACGCCGGAUUAUCAGAUAAAAUUAGGAACGCCAUCCAAAGGGAGUGGAUGCAAGAUAGAUUUUUCGUUAUAGUAGCUACAAUAGCUUUCGGUAUGGGAAUAGACAAGCCGGAUGUUCGAUUCGUAAUACACAAUUCAGUUCCGAAAUCAGUAGAAGCAUUUUACCAAGAAUCUGGCAGAGCUGGAAGAGACGGAGAUGUAUCGUAUUCGUACUUAUUCUACAAUUAUAGCGAUGUACUUCGUUUACAAAAGCUAAUGAAAUUGGAACGAAAAUCUAGCGCGAAAGUCCUCGAAGGCCAUUUCAACAAUCUCCAUCAAAUGGUAUCGUUUUCGGAAAACGUAGUAGAUUGUCGACGGUAUCUUCAACUUAUUCAUUUGGGCGAAAAUUUCGAUCGACAAGUGUGUAUUCGAAACAAAGCCACGACGUGCGAUAAUUGCGAGAAUAUCAAUGCAUACAAGAUGAUAGAAGUAACAAAAGAAGCUAAAGAGUUGGGUUGUCUGGUUAGAGAUGCGUCAAUAAAAGGAAACGUAACUAUGAUUUUCGUGGCGGAUAUUUACAAAGGAUCGAAGCUGAAGAAAAUCCUGCAAUUAGGCUAUGAUAGGCAUAAAUAUUACGGCGCUGGCUCGUCCUUGAACAAGACGGAUAUUCACAGGAUUCUCAAAGAUUUAGUAUUAAAGAAUAUAUUAAGAGAUCACGUUACACAAGCAGGAGAAUUUCCUGUUGUUUACAUCGAACCGGGAAAGAAAUUCGGUCUACUUGCAACGCCAAAUCUAAAAAUUACCAUAGCCAUUAACAAAACCUCUUUGAAGAGUUUAACUGUAACUAACAAUAGUAAUAAUUCCAACUUGCAAUCCGACGAGGAAGGUAAAACAGAUUCACCUGGACCGUCGAAGUUGCCAAUUACAACAGCAACAACUAGUAAAAAAUCUACUUACUCGGCUUACAAUAAAGUUAAGGUUAAUAAUCUCAAAGUACAAUGUCACGAAGAGCUCCUGGAAGAAUGUCGAAGAAUGGCGCUCGAACGUAAUCUAACCUUAUCUUCUAUUAUGAAUCUUACAGCCAUUAAAACUAUGUCCGAGGUGCUUCCGAAAACCAAGGAAGAGUUCUUGAAGAUACAACACGUUACUGCCGCUAAUUAUAAAAAAUGCGGAGAAAACUUCUUGGCCAUCACUUCGAAAUUUCGUGAAAAAGUGGACGCUUUGGAAACGGUUCCGAAGAUAAGCGAACCCUCAUUUAGCGGUUCUGAUGAAAGUGCUUGGUCAUCGUCGCAAUCUGAAUUCAGGGGAGAAAAGAGAAAGUAUACGGGAACUUUCAAAAAAUGGGGAAGCAAAAGGCGAAAAACGUUCAAAAAGAAAGGAGGAAGUCCCAAGAAAAAGAAAGCGGGCGCUGCUAAAGGCAAAACCGCUAAAACUGCCAAAACUACUAAAACCGCCAAAACUACUAAAGGUGGACUGGGAUUGAUGCCAGUUCAUAUUACAUGA